UCCUUGCAUUUUCUGAAGCCGACUCGGGAUCUGUGCGGGUGUGACUCUGGCGCAUGCACUGCAGAGUUCUUCAUGAUUCAUACAUAAAGCUGGUAUCAUUUAAGUGCAGAAGGGCAUCCAGAAGCCAGCUUUGGGGCUGUAGGUAUCAUGUCGACACAAGACCCUGAAGACCUGCCUGUCACCAAGCCUGGCUGGAAAAUGGGGCACUAAUCCAGCUCGCUCGCCGUUUGUAACGGCCUCAUGUCGAGCGCCUCUGGGGGAACCUUAUUCGUCGCUCACGGAUCCCCCAGCCUGCUCGAGGGCGGCAUCCCCGUCCACAAGUUCCUAACUAGACUGGGCCAGACUUUGCCCCGGCCACGCGCAAUUCUGUGCAUCUCAUCUCACUGGGAAACCGCCGAGCCAUGCUUGACGGCAACACGGAACCCGGAGACCCUGACCGACUAUGAGGGCACUGCGGGGCCCGCACAGAUUGACUUUCGAUGUUCCGGGGAUUCAAACCUGGCGCGGCGGGCGGCCGAGUGCCUUCAAGUGGCGGGGCUGAAGGUGACGCUGAAUCACACGCGGGGCAUCGAUCAUGCAGUAUGGGACCCCCUCCGCUGCAUGUGCCCCUCCGGUGACGUCGCCGUCGUCGAGAUGAGCGUCCAGCCGGCCAAGCCCGCGGCGCACCACUACGAGAUUGGUCAGGCGCUGGCCCCGCUUACCAAGGAGGGUUAUCUGGUGAUGGGCUCCGGGUUAGCGGUGCAUAACCUCAAGCAUGCGGCUGAGAGGGCAGAUGUGGCGGGCGGCGCCCCCAUCUGGGCGCAGGCGUUCGAUGAGUGGCUGCGGUCGGCGUUGCUGGAAGGGAGGUACGAGGACGUUGUCAACUACCGCACCAAGGCCCCGUUCGCCAAUCUGGCGCACCCCACACCCGAGCACCUCCUGCCGUUGAUCGUCGCCCUCGGCGCAGGAGGGCCCGCACCCCGGACGCACGCCAUUAACACCGGCUUUGGCUUCGCGAGCAACAGUCAGGCGUGCUUCUACUUCCAGUGUCAAUCCGACUCGCUUGAGGCGGACCCGGUGGCGAGCGCCCUUGGUGUGAAUGCCCUCCCGCUGUGUCAACUCCUGUCCGCGAGCCUCUCGAAACGGACGGUUCCAGUGCACCGCCCGAAAACCAAACGGAAGAUGCUGGCGAGCUCUCGGCCGGCGCCGAUGCUCGUCUCGGAAGCUCACCUCUCGGCGCUGCAGAAGUGCGUGUUGGAGCAGGCCGGGGGGGCGAACCCGGGCGCAAAAAAGUCCCCCCUGGAAGAGCGGCUGGAGCACGUGCUGGCUGCAAAGCAGAGUCCGCAGUUAGAGACUCUAACCCGCAGUGUUAGCCUGGUUAAGAGAACGGCUAACCAGGGGUUGACCGGCAGCGCCCAACCUUCAACUCAACAGCAGCAGUUCUUGGAUUCAAUUCGAGCCCAGCGGCCGGUUUCCGAAAGUUUAAGGUCCGUGGUUAACCCAGCCGUUAGCUCAUCCGGAUUUCAGUUUGGAGAGGGUUCGCGGGAGUCUCUUGGUGCGGGAGAGGCAUUUGGUGGGCGGUCACAAACCGAUCAGCAAUUUCCGGACGCCCAGACGGAGUUCCAGAGCGGAUCCCCGGGGCUUGCCUGGGCGAUAACUGGAGGGGUUAGUAACCCGGUUAACAACCCACUUCGGGGCGUAGCCUCUAACCCGGGCUCACCGGUCACGUCUGCUGGAGGGGGGGCCAAUGCGCAAGUUCCUCCGAUUACGCGCACUCACAGCGCUCCCCUGCAAAACGUGCCGCGCCCGGGGGCCUUGCAACAAACUUUAGAAGCGCUCUUUCGUGAGUCUGGGAAUGCGGGGCAGUCCUCGGAUUCAAGUUCGGGGGGGCAGCCUGUAAGGAUGGAACAGAAGCAUGCAGCGCAAAGUUCGUUAGAUGGGUCAUUUCUGGGUUUGGACCGGAUAGGUUACGGCCUUUCGCCGGGUUCGCAAGGAUUUGGGGGCUCGCCCGGUUGGCGGUUGAGCGAGCCGGCGCAUUCUGGAACGGAAAGAGACCGCGCGGAUCAGGGCGGUUUCGCGCCUCGAAACGAGGCGGCAAGCCACCAACAGGAGGCCGCAAGCGGGGGCCUUCAUCCUGGUGUGCUAGAAGGGCUGAAUUCGCAACAAAGAGCGACUUCUGGAGGGGCUUUCAGGGGAGGCGGGUCGCCAGGAUUUGCGGAGUCGUCGUUUGGCGAGCGGGAAGGGGGGGGGGUGCUCGAGCCCUAGA